AGGCUGUUUUCCAAGAGCUGUAAUAUUUUGUUGUUGUGUGUAAUAGGGUGGCGCUGUAACGAUAACAAAAACAAAAGUAUUUUGGCGCUAUAGUCAUAGCUCCCGUUCUUCAUUCGAAAGUUUUAACAAAAAUUAAGAGAUAUGGCUCCGACCAAGAAAAGAAAGUCACUCGUUACAGAAAACCUGAAAUUAGCUGUAGAAGAAGCAAAAAAAACUCGCAAAAUAAGGGAGGUGGCGCGCAAAUAUGGGAUUCCUAAAUCCACAUUAUAUUUUAAAUUAAAAAAUCCUGGUCAUAAAACGUCUCGUGGACCACCUCCCAUUUUAACCAAUGAGGAAGAAGAGACAUUAGAGAAAUGGAUUUUAGAAACAUCACGAAAAGGAUUUCCUUUAAAAAAAGGUGAUAUUCAACGAAGUGUACAAAUGUUUUUAAGAGAUAACCCAAGGCCCAAUUGUUUUAAAAAUAACUAUCCUGGUGAUGGAUGGUUUCGUAACUUUUCUAAAAGACAUCCUGCAAUUUCUCAGAGAACUAGCGAAGGUGUCAACUCAUCAAGUGCUUGUGUUGCCGAAGCUGAUAUCCAAAAAUGGUUUUCUGAAAUUACUAAAUAUUUCCUAGAAAAAGAUUUGUUAAAAGUUUUUAAGGAACCUAGUAGAAUUUUUUAUGGAGACGAAACUGGUUUCCAACUAUGUCCUAAAACUGGAAAAGUCUUAGCAGCCAAAGGUUCUAAAAGUGUAUAUAAAAUUCAGCCGCAUAACUCCAAUGAAUGUAUUACUGUGAUGUUUUCAUUUGCUGCUGAUGGUCAAUAUUGUCCUCCAAUGGUUAUUUAUAAUUACCAAAAGAUUCCACAGAAGGUGAUGAAUAAAAUACCGGAAGGUUGGGGUGUUGGAAGAAGUGAUGGUGGUUUGAUGACCAGUGAACUUUUUUUUGAAUAUGUUGCUAACGUUUUUUAUCCAUACUUAAUAGAAAAAAAUAUCAAAUUUCCUGUCAUAUUUUUUGUUGACGGUCAUAAGACACAUUUAACAUAUGAAAUUAGUAAGCUUUGCAAGGCAUUAAAUAUCGAGCUUAUUGCGCUUUAUCCUAAUGCCACUUGUAUAUUACAGCCCACUGAUAUUGCUGUAUUUCGCCCUAUUAAGUUGGCUUGGGAAGAGGCAUGUCACUUUUGGCUUACGGAAAAUUUAAAUGAAACUAUUACAAAAAUUAACUUUGCUGAGGUGCUAGAUACAGCUCUACGAAAGUCUCUAAAACCUCAAACUUUGAUAAAUGGUUUUGAGGCUUGCGGCUUAGUACCUUUCGAUCCGAACGCUGUAGACUACAACAAAUGUGUAAGAGUCAGUACAAUAAAUGGUAAAAAAAAGCCCGCCAACAUCAACGACGAAAAUAUCACAAAUAUCAUAACAUAUUCAAAUUUCAUCCACUUGAUUGGUCCAUCAAAAAUAGAAGAAAUGAAAAAUUGCAACAAUGUAGACGAACGCGACGAACAUUUCCAGCUCCUUUACAAAUUAUAUAAAGCAUUCGGUUCACCUCGGCAUUGCGAUGAAGCUUUCGAUGCUUUUGUUAAUCAGGAAUUGGGAUGGCAACCUAAUCAAACUGCAGAAGAAACUGAAAGCAUCGAGUGGCUUGAUUCACCACGAAUUAGCCCGUUGGACACAGAGCUUGAUGACAUAAUUAUUAUUGAUGUGGACAGCUUUGAUAAUGACAUUGUUGAAACAUCAACAUCAAAAGCUUAUCAAGAGAUGACCCCUGAAAAUAGUAUGCUAUUACAAACAAACGAUGAUAAAAGUAUAGCGUUUAAAACAAUUUCAGACUCUCUGCUUGGAACUUAUCUAACACUACCUAAAACACAAGAAAGAAAAGGGAAGCGAAAUACUGUAAAAAUGCCUUUCGCAAUAACAUCAGAUAGUUACAGACCUGAGAAAAAAAGAAAGACAAAAAAUUACAUGGAGCUAAAAAAAAAGGAACAUAGAAGAAUGGCAAGGGAACUAUAUAAUAUAAAUAAAAAUAGCAAAAAAAAGUAAG